UAACUACAAACAUGGAAUAUAUGACAGCAAUUCAGAAGAAGAGACGCCACGAAGGAGACCUUGAGAAGUGGAACGCCUGCCAAGCGAAGCGUGCGUGUGAUGGAGUGGGAGAUUACGCUCAGGUUGAAUAUGGCGCGGUAGCGGACUGCCCUAUGGACACAUGGGAGAGUGCAGUACACCAACAGGGAGCUACGAACGGCAAUGGUGUUCUUCCUCUUCCUGAUCCAACGGCCAGCCGUCCAUCCCAGUGCUGUCCACGCUGCUUGGCUGGCGAACCGGGUCACAUCAACCACAUCAUGGGCUACUGACCAGCUAGACGAGGAGCUGGAUACCUGGAGGAAGGGAAGGAGGAGGAGGAUGAAGAAGGGGAGGUAGAGAUAUAUUAUAGAUAAAAAGGCGAGGGUCCCAAGAAAACAAGAUGGAGUAGAUGGAUGUGUGGGGGGGAUUAAUAUAAUUACUGCCUUGUACACAGUGUUGCAACUUGCUCUGCAGUGUUAGAAAUAAUCAUAUUCACUUUUCUCAAUGCUCAUAUUUAACAAAUUGCUGGCAAGUCUGGCAAUAAUUGAUUAACAUAUAAGUUACUCAAAUUCUUAGUAGUCCAGGAAUCGGGCAUAGUCAAGCAAAUUUGCCUAUGUGUACCAGGCAUAAGGAGAACUAGUCGGGAUGAUGUCCAUCAUGAGAGAAGGGAGGAAGCCAUGUUUGUAGUUUACCACAGGGUGCCUUGUAAAGCCAGUACUGUGUCACUGUAAAUUCCCCACAAGUGUAUUACUGUACCCUUUGGAUUAAACAUGUUUAUACACACACAGGGACACAUAAGAAGGGCUACUAAAAGUAGGCUGUGUGUGCAACCUCAUAAAACGUUAUAUUUGUUCAUGUAGAUGUCUCUACUGUGUACUCUACAGUAAGAUCUGCAGCCUUCCCAGGGAAGGGACCUGGGCUUUGGUUUAUGUAAUAACACUGUUCUGAAUAUAUAUCUAUGGUUAGAUAUAUAUCAGGGAAACGUAGGCCUAAAUGAAUAGGCCUACAUGUACUGUAGAAACUGUCUGCUCCAGUCUCAUUACUUGACAAACAAAAAACAGUAAAUCAUGUAAAAAUCCUUUUCAUUUCUUUGGAAAUGAAAUGAGUGAAAAUUAUUUUCACAUAAAAUAAUGAUCUUUUGAAUUGAUGAUUUGUACGCAAGAUUUUUGGUGAAAGAAAUAUUAUAUUUUUUCUAACUCUAGUUAAUUUCAAUGACAACAAUGUAUUGUACGUAAUGGCCAAACAGAAUGCUGAUGAUGGGAAUUGAACUAUGUCUUUUCACAACAAUAUGGAACUGUUUGUGUGUGAGAUCUCUGAAUGAACACGUAGCCUGAAUACGCAGACCUCCAAGUCCUAUGUAAAACAUAGUUGAAUCUCCAUUUGAAAAGUGAAUUGCGGUCAGUCCUUUAAGUUUCCUUUGUUUUUAAGACAUGAAAGGGGUAUCAGGUGUGUACGGUGGCUACGCUACGCCACGUACAACGAGUGAGAGUUGUGAUUUCAUGCUGAACUGGGUGUCCUUCUUUUCUGGUGUAAUUUGCUGAAUUGUUUCUUCAGUAUCCCAUGUUAAAUUCAUGUUAUAUUUGAUCCGUCAGUAUUUGUGAGUAUAUGUGGAAUUUGAGUUCACCUUCAUUUGCCUGGAACAUCCUCCCUGCCAGUAGAUUUGGUGUUUGUCCUCUUUGCCAUGCAAGGCAAUGUUCCUGAGCAGCAGUGCGUCUGUGCCAUGAAUGUUGAGUAAGGGCCCAUUAUUCUGUUGUAUUCUGUGCCCAUUAACUACCAACAGAUAACGCUGUCUCAAAAAAUAUAUUGUGACUUAUUUUUAGUACUAUAGAAGAACGGCCUUUGAAUAAAUAAUCUAAAAAUGGA